GCUCAGUUCAGGCUUUCACACUGGGAGAGUUGAUCAGACAGACGAGCAAGUGAAAAUGAAGUCGGCUGACAGCUUGUGCAAGUGGACGCGAAGGUUGUUGAUAUUAUCUGCUGUCGUCUUCGUCGGAUUUCUAAUAGGAUGGUUUGGUCGAUCCUGCAUGAACCUCUCUCCAAUGAAACGUAUAAAUAUACAGAAUAAACUGCUGAAUGAGAUGCAAGUUAAAAAUAUCAGAUCAUACCUCCGGAAUUGGACGCGAUUUCCUCAUUUAGCUGGGACUGUAAAGAAUCUCCAGUUAGCCCAAGAGAUUCAGACCCAGUGGAAGAACUGGGGCCUAGAUUCAGUUGAAUUGGCUGAAUAUGAUGUCUUGUUGUCCUACCCAAAUAAAAGUAAUCCUAAUUACAUCUCUAUCACCAAUGAGAAUGGAUAUUCAGUAAAUCAGAUUUCUAUUGUAUAUUUUUUCUUAUCUUCAGAAUAUGCAUUCAGAUUGGAUGUAGCUAUUGGCCUUCCCGAAAUUCCUGUUCAUCCAAUCGGCUAUCAAGAUGCGGAACAGUUGCUGCGACAUCUGGGAGGAACUCCAGCUCCCAGUGAAUGGAAAGGACACAUGAAUGUUUCUUACAACAUUGGACCUGGCUUCAAGGACAAUUACUCCUCACACAAAGUCCAAAUGCAUGUCCACACAAGGAAUGAGGUGAGAAGAAUUUACAUCAUUGGCAAAAUUCAGGGAGCCAUGGAACCAGAUCGGUACGUCAUUCUGGGUGGGCACCAUGAUGCAUGGGUCUUUGGCGACAUUGAUCCCACUAGUGGAGCAGCUGCUCUGCAUGAAAUAGUGAGGAGUUUUACGAAGCUUAUGAGAGAGGCACUGAUAUUUCUGGAAAUUCAUAGGGUUUUGUUUGUCCCGUACUAUCGUCCACAUGACCAUCCAUGUGGGAGCCAAAGCAAUGAGGUUCAACCAGUGAUUCAUACUGAGGACAGUGGUGAUGAAGUUGCACUGCAAUAA